UUGGCGCGCCUUCCGACCAAUAGUCGGUCUCCUGCCAGGCGAAAGCGACGCGACGUGUGACGUCACUGACGUGAAGCUAGCGCGAUUGAGUGGGAGGCUGAGACCGAGGCUCAGAGGCUCUCAGGCUGCAUCCUCGUCGACUUACCGCGAUGAAACCCCGGUCACCUUCGGAACAGCAUCACGGGAAAAGAGCCCGUGCGCCUCCCGCGGCGGCCUCCACGUCGCCCCAAGACGGAAUGGAGGAUACGGCCCCGCCGAAUUCUCGAGAGCUCACCCAAAACCCCCUGAAGAAGAUCUGGAUGCCGUGUAAAAAUGGCCUUCCCGAGAGGCACAUUUCUCAAAGGAAGGUAUGUAUGACCAACUGCCCUACCCUGAUAGUGACGGUGGGUCUUCCUGCCAGGGGGAAGACUUACAUCUCUAAGAAGCUGACCCGCUAUCUGAACUGGAUUGGGGUUCCCACCAGAGAGUUCAAUGUCGGACAAUACAGGAGAGAGUGUGUGAAGAUCUAUAAGUCCUUUGAGUUCUUCCGUCCAGACAAUGAGGAAGGGUUAAAGAUCCGAAGACAAUGCGCUUCGGCAGCUUUGAACGAUGUGCGACAGUACCUCACAGAAGAAGGAGGUCAAGUUGCGGUUUUUGAUGCUACAAACACCACCAGAGAGAGGAGAGAAACCAUCAUUGAGUUUGCAGAGCAAAAUGGCUUCAAGGUGUUUUUUGUUGAAUCUGUAUGUGAAGACCCAGAUGUCAUCCAGGAGAACAUUGUGCAAGUGAAGCUGGGUAGCCCAGACUACACAAACUGUAACACUGAAGAGGCAGUGGAAGAUUUUAUGAAGAGGAUUAAGUGUUAUGAAAACUCUUAUGAGACCCUGGAUGAGGUCUUGGACAGGGAUCUCUCUUAUAUCAAAAUCAUGGAUGUGGGUCAGCGGUUUCUGGUCAACCGGGUGUUGGACCACAUCCAGAGUCGCAUUGUCUACUAUCUCAUGAACAUCCACAUCACGCCUCGCUCCAUCUACCUGUGUCGUCACGGCGAGAGUGAGCUUAAUGUCAAGGGGUGCAUUGGAGGAGACUCCGGGCUCACAUUGAGAGGAAAAGAGUUUGCCAAAAAGCUGAGUCAGUUCAUCCAGGCUCAGGGCAUCAAUGACCUGAAGGUGUGGACCAGUCAAAUGAAAAGAACCAUCCAGACCGCAGAGGCUCUCGGCGUACCCUAUGAACAGUGGAAGGUCCUCAACGAGAUUGACGCUGGUGUGUGUGAGGAGAUGAUGUAUGAGGAGAUCCAAGAUAACUACCCUCUGGAGUUUGCACUGCGGGAUCAGGACAAGUACCGUUACCGCUACCCUAAAGGAGAGUCCUACGAGGACCUGGUGCAGCGCCUGGAGCCCGUCAUCAUGGAGCUGGAGAGGCAGGAGAAUGUGCUGGUCAUCUGCCACCAGGCCGUCAUGCGCUGCCUACUGGCCUACUUCCUGGACAAGACAGCAGAGGAGCUGCCCUACCUGAAGUGCCCGCUGCACACCGUGUUAAAGCUCACUCCUGUGGCAUAUGGCUGUAAAGUUGAGUCCAUUGGCCUCAACGUUGACGCCGUCAACACACACCGAGAGAAACCGGAGAACGUGAACGUCCAUCGGACAACAGAGGAUGCCCUGCGGACCGUCCCUGCUCACCUCUAACACUUUGCUCCGGCCCUCGUGAGCCUCGUGGUUGCCCUUUUGUUGCGUUUUUGUUUCCUUAUGGUGCACUUCCUGUCCAUGUCGGUGUCUGUCAGGGUGAAGUGCCUCCAAUUCACACACAUACACAUGUAGCGCUUGGGUACGAUUUGAAGGAGUUCAACAGAUUUGAAGUUUUGCACAUUGUGGUCACAUGACCUCCAAUAUAGUAUCUGUGUGUCUAAAUUGUACUUUAGUGCAACAUUUUUUUUAAAAGUACUGUAUCAUUUGAAUUAGCACAAUGGGUUCCAUCAGAUAAUCAUUUGCUUCAUAUUUUAAUUGAUUUAAUGUGCAAUUGUUGUUUUUGUGAAUGUGUCCUCAGUGUUUAAUGUGCAAUUUGAAGGGUCCUAUUCUACUGUACCUGGAAGACUACUAUGAAAACUUUCAUCUUUGUGAAGCACUCAUUUACUUCUGGAUGAAUGAAAUGACUGGAAUCUUAUGAUAAAUAACAGUCAUUCGGCUCGGUUGUUUCCACUAACUUGUCUUUUACGUCUCACCUAAAGCAGAAGUACUACCGUUAGAGUAUGAAUCUACUUCUCCAUCAUGAUAGAAACGUGUUUGUGUUGAACGUGUGUGUGGUCUCGUGGGUUAAGGGUCAAAGAAAAAAAAUGUUAAAAUUGUGACUGCACCUCUGUUGAAAUACAAUAAAGAUGUUAUUU